AUGUGGUUCCUGAUUCUGUGCCUCUCCCUGACCUUGAGAUGGACAGGUGCCGCAGCCCCCGUGGCUGAUAGAAGAUCGGAGUGUAAGAAACGUUCCCAUCCCUGGCAGGUGGCUAUAUAUGAUUAUGAUACAUUCAUUUGUGGGGGUGUCCUGAUACACCCCCAGUGGGUGCUCACCGCCUCCACCUGCCAUAGCAGACAUUAUGAGCUCUGGAUGGGCAUCCACAACCUUCAUAGGCAGGAAAUCACAGCCCAGCUUGCUAAUGUCACGGACUACUUCCGACACCCAAUCUAUGACCUAUCAGUAAUAAAGAAGGGAAGACAUACCAGUAGAGUACUGUAUGCUGAGCCAAGCCAGGACUUCAUGCUGCUCCGCCUUGAGAAACCUGUCCAGAUCACAGAUUUUGUGGAUGUGGUGAAGCUGCCCACCAGUGAGCUCAGGCAGUGGAACAACUGUGUCGCCAUGGGCUGGGGCAAGUGCUCAGAAGAAAGGAUAGGAAUGAAACCUGGUAUUGUCCAUGCUUAA